ACACUAUAAGAGAAAAAAAAUUAAUAAAAAAGGAAAGCGUGCCUGCAAAACCGCGGACCUAACCCAUUCAUUUAUGUUUUCCUUGCUGUUCCGUGGCUCGACCUGCCCCCGCACGAUCACGUGACGCGCGGGAACAGGAUCGAAAAUUCUUUAAUUGUGAGGCCCAUCUCACGCAAACAAUCUCAGAAUUCACCACAUUCAUCCCACAAAACCUGCGCCAAAAUGUCCAGAUUCAUCUCCCGUGUUGCCUUUUCCGGCGUCUGCAGAUCCAGCCUUCCACAGUUGGCUAGAAGAGCUGUUCUUCCCAUUUCCACCAGAUCCUUCAGCUCGGCGGUUGUUCGUCACCAGAAACUUGCUGACAUUGUCAAGUCCGAGUACAAAGUGGCCAUGGCCGUGGACAACGAGUUAGAGCCUGAGCAGGAAAAGUUUUUGGAAAAGAACGGCUUUUCGGUGAUCGAGUCUGAGUAUGACUCGAACGUCGAAUUGCGCAAGACCUUGCCAUCUGGUGAGGAGAUCCGCGUGUUCUUCGACAUCAACGAGGUGUCGGACGUGGAACUUAGAGCCCCUGAAUUUGAGGGUGAGGAAGGCGCCGAGGCUGAGCAGUUUGAGGAGGAGCUCGAUCAAUUUGACAACACUUUUGCUAACGUGAAGGUGCUUGUGUCCAAGCCCGAGUCCAACGAGGGAAUCUUCUUCAACUUGUUGUUGCAGAACUCCGAGGAGGAUUUGAUGGUUGACUACUUCAACUACAAGCCUGACGUGACCAAGUUCUUGACGCAGAUCAAGGAGCAGGGCACUUUCUUGGCAGCCACCGAGUACCAGGGUCCUCAGUUCUCCAACUUGGACGAGUCCUUGCAGCUUGGAAUGGAGAAGUACUUGGAGAACAAGGGCAUCAACGAGGAGUUGGCUGACUUCAUCUUUGCUUUUGCCGAGGUCAAGGAGGAGACUGCUUACAGAAAGUUGUUGAGCAACGUUUCCAAGUUCUUGAGCAACUAAGCAGCCCUUCAUCUAGAGGGCGCCGCAGCCCUGCUGCGCCUGCGGCAGCUUGAUUUGGUGACUCUGAGCUUGGUGUGCCAGAUGCUGAAACAAAAGGACACUGUGUCUUUGCUGGUGGCGUCUUCGUGAGUCUUGUCAAUAGUUUUAUAGUGUACAUAAAAAGAUAGCCUGGCACCAGGGCUUUUCUGCAUCGCUCCGUGUAGACCGGCUUGGCCAUUGCUCCGUUCAAAAUGGCUUGGGAAUCGCUUCGUU